AAAGAUUUUGUGGUUUUUAAUCUCAGGAGCAUCAACAAUGCAACAAAAAGAAGGAACUUGGGGUUCCUCUCCUGCGGAACUGGAAACCCAAUUGAUGAUUGUUGGAGGUGCGACCCCGAUUGGGAGAAGAAUCGAAAGCGCCUAGCCGACUGCCCCAUUGGGUUCGGGAAGGGAGCCAUCGGCGGCAGAAAUGGAAAAUUCUACAUUGUCACUGACCCAUCUGACAAGGACGUGGUGAACCCAAAACCAGGAACUCUCCGCCAUGCCGUAAUCCAAAAAGAACCUUUAUGGAUCACCUUCAAACGUGACAUGGUCAUCAAACUAAAAGCAGAGCUGAUCAUGAACUCUUUCAAAACCAUCGACGGUCGCGGCAGAUCAGUCCACAUCGCCGGUGGGCCAUGCAUUACAAUUCAGUACGUGACGAACAUUAUAAUCCACGGCAUUAACAUUCACGACUGCAAGCAAGGAGGGAACAUGUACAUUAGAGAUUCGCCGGACCAUUACGGUUGGAGGACUCUGUCGGACGGGGAUGGGGUUUCGAUAUUUGGGGGCAGCCAUAUUUGGAUCGACCAUUGCUCGUUGUCGAAUUGCCAAGAUGGGUUGAUUGAUGCGAUUCGUGGGUCUACGGCUAUCACAAUUUCAAACAAUUAUAUGACCCACCAUAACAAAGUUAUGCUUUUGGGACAUAGUGAUUCGUACACUCAAGACAAGAACAUGCAAGUCACCAUUGCUUUUAACCAUUUUGGCGAGGGGCUGGUGCAAAGAAUGCCACGGUAA